AUGUCUAACCAAAAUCUCGUCCAUGUCAUCAAGAAGGAUGAACUCAACUCUCACAAGGCCUUAUCGAUACCUCGCGACAACGAGGCUCCUCUCAAACCAGGCCAUGUCCGAAUUCGCCCAGUUCUGGUCUGCUUAACAUACAACAAUCUCAGCUAUGCCCGCAUGGGCACAAUCAUGAAAUGGUGGUCAACCUAUCCCGUUCCCAAAAACCUUCCAGCACCAUACAACGACGAUACACAAUAUGGCAUCGUACCUUGCUGGGGCUAUGGCGAAGUCGUGGAGAGCCAGACCGAGGACUUCGAGCCAGGAAGAUUAAUCUUUGGGUACUGGCCUUUCUCCGACACGACUGCUGAUUAUAAGCUUGAGCAGGGUGAUGCCAAGGGUCAUUGGGACGAGCAGAGUGAGCAGAGGAAGGAGCUUAUGCAUGUCUACAAUCGAUAUGUCGCGAAGGGUACAGAAGUGAGGAUGAGCAAAGUCAGUGAAAAGGAAGUGAAUGAGAUGGCAAUGGAGGCCGUCUUUUUUGUGUGGGAGUGUGCGUACUUGCUGAAUCAAGUCGUGCUUGGACCGCCUUAUGUCCAUCCCUUUGGCGACAAGGGACCGCCGGGGCAGGUGUGGAGUGCCGAGCAAGGUGAUCUGGAGGGGGCGGUUGUUGUGAGCUUGUCUUCAGGAGGAAGGACGGCGCGCUCAUUCUUGUGUGAGCUGAUCAAUGCUCGACCGGAGGGUAAGCAUCCGCUUGGGUUGCUUGCUAUUACUGCCAAGCCAGACGACAAGGUGGUGGCUGCAGCACAGUAUCCGGCUCGAGCAGUCUCUUACGAUACGGCGACCAAGCAAGAGACCCUUGACUGGAUCGCUGAGCUCAAGCCGAAGAAAGUGGUCAUUUGUGAUUUCGGUGGCCGCGGCACAUCUUUGACGGAUCUGGACGAGGCAUUACAGCGUCAACUCCCAGGCGUGAGAGUGGUCAUUGUCGGUAUUGGGGCAGAAGCCAAGGUCGUCUCACCCCAAGACCUGAUGAAGAGCAUGGUGAAGAACAUGAAGAUGGAGAAUCGAUACCAGAUGAAUACUGGACCCGCCAGAGACGUGAUACUGGAGCGUAUGGGAGCUCAGGCGUAUUUCGACCAGAGAGAUCGAGCCUGGACAGACUUUGUCCGUCGUGGUACUCCUCAAGAUGUCAAGUUGAUUUGGGGUGGCAAAGAUGAUCUCGAAAGUGGCUGGGAGGCUGUCAGCAGUGGUGGACUUGCAUCUGACGCUGCCUUCGUAUACAAAUUGUGA